AUGGCAAGCUUAAUCAAGCGUAUCAGACUGAAUCAACUUCCGUGCAAAAUUCCAAACUCACCCAGCAUGGUGGCUGCAUCUUCGCCCUUCGGGAUGUCCAAAGCUGCAUUAGAACGCCGCAUGCAUAACCAAAUUCCCCGCAAGCGCCAUACUCCUUAUACCGCCGCGAAGAGCGCCGCCCGCCCGACCCCAAAGCACGUCGUCCGCCCUUUUCCCAAACGAAACACCGGGAGCGACAGCAAAAACCCAAGCGCAUCUCGUGGGCGGAAAAGUAAGCCGGAGAAAAGAGGCACAAAUCGUACGCGCAUCGUAGGGACCAGUGGCGACAGAAUCAGUCAAUGGUCAGCUCGUCGUAUCCUCGCAUCGCGCCAACAUCCAUUCAAUCCCUCAAAGACUCUGUACAAAGUGCAAUGGAAAACUACCUGGGAAGACGCGAGUGAGGUUAACGGGCUGGUUGCUGCAGAGUGGAGAGAAGCAUUGAACGAGGGAAGUACAUUCGGAUUUAAGGCUCGCGAUGGCAGCGAGUGGAUAGUGCUUAAAGAUACGACAUGCUUGGAGAAUGACAGUGAAGACUCUCAAUGGGAGAUGUGGAGGGCUAUCAGGCGCAAUGCUGUGAAGGAGCUCGAGCAAGAUUGGGCUGCUGGGCUGAAGGACGGGGAGUUUAUAUUCGCCAGUGAGGAGGACACCACUAGAAUCAAGUAUAUCUUGGGAGAAAGAUGGUCUGAAGAGAUGUCGGCGACGAGCAUCCUUCGGGCGACUUGGGCCGAGUUGCAUUGUGAUUUUGGGUUCACGGAGUCAGAUAUUCUGCUCGGGGACACCAAAGUUCGCUUUAUCGCCCAAAUUGACCAGUAUAUGAUUUCUGAGAAAGAGAAGAACUACUCAGAUCAAGAAAACCGCAUGGCGUUCAGCGUAGCAGAUAUCUUCAAAACCUUGACACCUAACCCACUACAGGGCCUUGAAGACGACGCAUUCAGCCAAGGCAAUGUUCACAGCAAUUACUCCCAAUGGUGUGGGGCACUGAAAGCGCUUAUCCGAAAUGCACCAUUCAUGUUCAAGGGCGGAACAUGGCUACAGUUUUUGGCAUUCUUGCUGCUCGGCAGUGAGGCUUUCCGAGCAGAGCUUGCAUUGGCGGGUAUCGAGGUGCAAGAGGAUUGGUGCCAGCGAGCUCGCGAGUACAACAUUCACAUGUAUUAUGAGCAGAUAGUUGAUGAUCGUUCGGCGCAUGAGAUACAGGAGACCUUUCUCAACCUUCGAGAUUUCUUUAGAGAUCUACAGUUGAAUAAUGAACUAGCGGUGGUGUCUGAACAAGAGGGGAUGGUGAAGAAUUAA